UGCAGUUGUAGUGUUGUUAGAGAGAGUGACACACAAACGCGCGCAAGAUGAAGAGUAUGGUGAUGCCAUUGACAAGGGUCUCCCUUUUUUGUCGCCCAAAUGGCCAUAAAACCCUUUCCUUCCCUCUCACACGCAACCCUUCCUCGCCCUCUCUCUCCCCUCUCUCUCUCACCCUUUCCAUGGCCACCUCGCCCCAAUCCUCCGCUCCGACUGUGUCCCCUAGUGAUGCUAACAUCAACAAAGAUGAUGUCUUUCAAUUAAUUCAGGCACAUCAGGAAAAUGCUGCUAGACUUACACCAGUUGAGGAAAUUCGAACUUUUCUUGAUCGUAGCGUACGAGGGAUGCUCUCUACAUUCUCUAAGAAGCUUGAGGGUUAUCCAUCAGGGUCUAUGGCUGACUUUGCAUGUGAUGCAAAUGGAUAUCCUAUAUUAGCAGUGAGCGACCUGGCAGUUCAUACAAAGGAUUUAACUGCCAAUCCUAAAUGCUCAUUGCUUGUGGCUAGAGAUCCUGAAGAUAGGACUGAUUUAGUGAUUACUUUACAUGGUGAUGCUAUCACUGUACCAGAAAAUGAUAAAGAAGCCACUCGAGCUGCAUAUUUGGAAAGACAUCCCAAUGCAUUUUGGGUUGACUUUGGAGACUUCCGAUUCAUGCGCAUUGAACCAAAAGUUGUACGAUUUGUGUCAGGUGUUGCCACAGCUUUGUUAGGAUCAGGAGAGUUUAGUGGGGACGAGUAUAAAUCUGCAAAAGUUGAUCCUGUAGCUAAGUUUUCCAAGCCAGUGGCGUCUCAUAUGAACAAAGAUCAUGCUGAAGAUACAAAAGUGAUUGUGCAGCAUUGGACAUCAGUUCCAGUGGACUUUGCAUACAUACUGGAUUUGGAUAGUCUUGGUUUCAACGUUAAGGCUGGUUAUCAGGGUGAUACUUUCAAGCUUCGAGUCCCUUUCCCACGACGUGCAGAAGAUAGAAAGGAUGUUAAGACUCUCAUUGUUGAGAUGCUUCAAGCUGCUAGGCCACAUAGUUGAUUGAUUACACCACAGGUCAAUGAUGAACAGGUGCUCAUCCAAAAUUCAUCUAAUCCUUCAAUUCAUUUGCUUUGGUCUCCCAAGAUUGUUAUCUUCAUUUGGAGAUUAGUUGGCCAUGCCUUGCAACUAGAUAUACCACAUAAUUAUUAACUCUUUAUUCCAAGUACUUGCAUAUGUAUUGCUUAAUUUUGUUUUUCUGCUACUUUUAGACCAACUUACAAAUCAUAUCUUUAGUAACCCUUAAUUUGAGUUUCCUGGUUUGAUAGUAAAAAAGGAACCAUCGCAGUCUUGAAUUGCAAUAAAGCUUGCAAAAUGUCAAAAGGUGGUGAAGGAGACACUUGAAAGAUGGGAUAGUGUGAGAGGUUCUUUCUGUUCUCAUCCCUUUCUGUUUGAAAUGGUGCAGCACCCACCGGUCAUCCUUCAGGAGAGAGGACAAAAUAUAUGCGUUGAAAAGUAGACGAGUAAAUGUAUUUCUAUAUUCAAAAGAUAAAAUGACAAAGCAAAUGGUUGACUUUGUUUACUUCUUCUCUUAUACGCUAUUUGUGAAUUUUCAUGGGCAAAAACACUUGAAAAUUCAGACAUACAAGUGAUGUAAUAGUCUCUCAAAGAUACAACAAGCCCAUUGUACAUAUAUGAUUAUGUGAACUUCCUCCAGGUGUACACUUGUUGAGAGUUGAGACAAUAUAUGAAU